AUGUACAUCACUCUCUACUUUUUAGUCACUCGCCUCCCUGACUCCCUUCGUGUAGUCCGGGACCACUUCCUCGCGCUCUGUCCCACCACCCUCACAGUCGACAGCCUUGAGAAGGCCCUCCUAGCGGCGGAGAAGAGCAUAGUCGCUGUAGGAGCCUCUCGAGGUGACCCCGGCGCCCCCAUCUUUGAGGGGUGUUCUCCUUCCCCUCUCCUGCCCUCUGUUGCCUCUGCCGCUGCGGCCGGACCUCUGGAGGCGGGGGUAGCGGCGGCGGUGGUGGUGCGAGCGGAGGUGGCUGAGGCGGCGGCGGUGGAGGCGGAGGCGGGGGCGGAGGAGGCGGAGGCGGGGGUGGCGGUGGUGGAGGUGGUCGGAGUGGCACUUCGCAGCGGAGCAGCACUAGGGGUGUCCCAUGCACCUAUGUUUCUUCGCACUGGCGACCGCGCUGGAGAGCAGUGUGGGGGUACCCACACCGCCCAGCGCUGCUUUGGCCGCUUGACGGACGCUUGGCGCCAGCAGUUCCCGGAGGCCGCGGAGAUCCCCCGCUGGGGAGAGCUAUCUAGGGCUGGUGUAGCUAUCUUUGAUCUUGACUUUGAUGCUAUCCUUGCUGCCAUGUAUGCUGUGACCAUGAGUGAUGAGGGUGACUAUUACCGGUGUUUCCCGCCCGACCCGGGCAUUGGUAUUGCUGCUCUAGGUGCCAGCGAGGCUUCUGCUCUAGGUGCCAGUGCGUCUGUGCUCUCAGGUACUGUCCUCCCGUGUCCGGCGGCUCCCUCUGGCACCCUGUCUGGUCUCUACCUCCCUCGUUCUCUACGAACUUGGGCCCUGGCCCUGCCUGUGUCCCCUGUGUUGAGGGGCGCCAGCGUGCUGCCCCUCACUCCUCCCAGUUCCUCUGACAGAGGCUCCGUUGCAGACGCUUCACAUGGACGUGUGGGCCCUGCCCGCGUCCGUGGACUCGCGUCACGAGCGCUUCUUCUGUUGGUGGUUGAACGAUACUCGCGUUACACCACAGUCUUCCCCUUGCGCAGCAAGGGUGAUGUCACUGAG